AUGGCUCGCCCCAUCGGCUUUGUGUUGUUUUUGGCGAGUUGGACCGCCGUCGCUUUCCCGUUGCCUCGCGACUCUUUUGACAACGCCAUCGCGGGGUCAAGAGGGGACUUGGAGGCAUCCGGCGGCGGGCCGGGGGAACCCGUCCGAGGCGUGGUGAAGGUCAUGCGGCUGGACGCUCGUGCCGCGGCGCCUCGCUCGGGCUUCCUCAGAGGAGGCCUCCCCCCCAGGAGAGCGCCCUCCCACGGCUCCCGAUUCUCCUUCCCCGCUUUCUUGGCCCACGGGCGGCCGGGUCCGGCCCUGGCCCCCAAGGCCCCGGUGAGCCCCCUCCGCCUCCUGCACCCUAAGAGCCCCGCCGAGAUGGAGCUGAAGAGGAGGCAAGGCCUGCAGAUGUGGCAGCGGGCCGUGGGUAAAGGGGACAAGAUGAGCGUGUCCCUCCCCAUCGACCUGAGGGACACCAAGCUGGCGUGCACCGCCGUACCUUUCACUCAGCGCGUGACGGCGGACGGAUGCGACGUGGUGACGGUGCACAACAAGCUGUGUUUCGGCCAGUGCAGCUCCAUGUUCGUCCCGCCCGAGGGGGAGUUAGCCGGGCCGGGCGCGGGGACGGGGGCCCUCCGGCACCGGGCCCCCUGCUCCCGCUGCGCCCCGUCCAGAGCGCGGACCGUGGCCGUGCCCCUGCGCUGCGGCGCCGAGGUGCAGGAGAAGCGGGUGAUGGUGGUGGAGGAGUGCAAGUGCGAGACGGGCCGCGAGGAAAAGAGCGCCGAGGCUCGCCUGUAG